ACAGUGGGGUCGGCUGCAAAAGCAUAAGCAUGAUAUGCAUUCAUUUGAGUGGUUUUCCCUCUCAUUGCUCAUGAAACUAAUAAGGUAGGUAGGUAGUAAAAAAGACAUCUCAAUUGUAGUAGUAAAAUUUUUCUUAAAAACAAAUUAAAUCAACUGAAGUUGAAAUGGGGUUUCAGAGAUCUUGAAAAAACUUGAAAGCUCCUUCUCCCUCCCUCCCUCCUUAUUUUCGUUUCUUUCUUCACAAAUUUGAAUGGAAAUGGGAAUGGCUUCGCUUCUUCUCUUCUGAAAGGGGAAUCUUGUAGCUUUUUGUUCUUCUUCCACAGAAUUUUGAGUUGUCAGUAGGGGUUUUGUUCAAACGAGAGCCAACUGGCAUUAUUUCGUUCUAGGGUUUGAGAUCUUUUAUCUUUUCAAAAAGGGGAAGUUCGGAAUACCCAGAAAAUGUGUAUGGAUAUGGAGAUCUGGGUAUUUUGAAAGCAACGGUUAAUGAUUGUGUUCUAGGGUUUUCUGCGUUUUCAUCAGAUUCUUGAGAGAGUCUCUCAUGGCGACCACAAAGCGUGCUUAUAAGCUACAGGAAUUUGUAGCUCAUACUUCGAGUGUGAAUUGCCUCAAGAUUGGUAGGAAAUCUUCAAGAGUUCUUGUUACUGGAGGAGAAGAUCACAAAGUUAAUCUAUGGGCUAUUGGCAAACCAAAUGCCAUACUGAGUUUGUCUGGACAUUCAAGUGGAAUUGAUUCUGUCAGCUUUGAUUCGUCUGAAGUGUUAGUAGCUGCUGGAGCAGCAAGUGGUACAAUUAAGUUGUGGGAUUUAGAAGAGGCAAAAAUUGUUCGCACUCUUACUGGUCAUCGAUCAAAUUGCAUAUCCUUGGAUUUCCAUCCAUUUGGGGAGUUUUUUGCUUCUGGAUCUUUGGACACAAAUCUAAAAAUAUGGGACAUAAGAAGAAAAGGGUGUAUACAUACCUACAAAGGUCACACACGUGGGGUCAAUGCAAUAAGAUUUACACCAGAUGGUCGUUGGGUGGUAUCUGGUGGAGAAGACAACAGUGUAAAGCUAUGGGAUUUAACUGCUGGAAAGCUUUUACAUGAUUUCAAGUUUCAUGAAGGCCAAGUUCAAUGCAUAGAUUUUCAUCCACAUGAGUUCUUGCUUGCUACAGGAUCUGCUGAUAAAACCGUUAAAUUCUGGGACCUUGAGACUUUGGAACUCAUAGGUUCUGCUGGUCCAGAGACUAGUGGAGUACGUUGUAUGACAUUUAAUCCUGAUGGGAGAACCCUGCUAUGUGGUUUACAUGAGAGUCUAAAAGUCUUCUCAUGGGAACCAAUCAGAACUCAUGAUGCAGUAGAUGUAGGAUGGUCAAAAUUGUCAGAUCUUAAUAUGCAUGAAGGAAAGCUUCUAGGUUGUUCCUACAAUCAAAGCUGUGUAGGAGUUUGGGUUGUAGAUGUCUCGAGAAUUGAACCAUAUAGCAUUUCCAAGAUAAAUGGUCAGCAAGAACAAAGUGGCAACCUUUCGAUUCUGUCCGAUAAUACUUCAAAGUCAAGUUUGAACAGGCUUUCAAUUUCACAAAGUUCAGAUUCAAUGAAGGAGCCAAAAUCAUUGGGGAGGCUUUCAGUUUCUCAAAACUCAGAACAAACAAACAAAGAUUCCAAAACCUUUUCAUCUACGGGAAAUGCACCUGCUAUUUCUCAAAAGAUGUAUCCAAAUGUUGUUCAAAAGAUCAGUCCACCUGCUUCAGUUACUGUUCCAAGUGCACCUGCAACUUCAAAAAGAAGUGUUACAAAGAACCAGUCAACACAAAAUGUGUCAACUUUCAAUAGGUUAGAUGUUGCUCCUGUAAUUGUGCCUAGAAACAACAGUAGGUCAGAACAGAGUGGUGAGUUAAGAAGAGAGGGUAUUUCUGGAAGAUUAAUGCCAACAAUGGUACUAUCGAAAACAUCUGAUUCUAGAAAGUUCUCGAAUGCAAAGGAUGAAGGAGAGAAGCCAUUAGCUUCUGGACAUUCUGUGAGUGAUUUAAGUGACACUGAGUCAAGUCGAGUUGCUGAUAGAAGUGGUUUUACUUCAAUGAAAGAGUCUGGUUUUGGGAAUCCUGCAAAGGAGACAAGUUUUGAAGAUGACAGGAGUUCUGUUUCUGGAAAGGCUGAACAAAAUGUAGUGACAGAAUCGCUUCCGAGUUAUCAGCCUGAAAUCUAUGAAGGACGCCUACAACGACCACAUAGAGAUAAUUAUUCUAUGGAAAGCAAACGAAGAGGAAGAACACGCACACUUGUUUCUACUUGGGACAGAAAAGAAAGAGCACCUUAUCAUGACACUCUUCCUUCCAGAAGCCUCUCUGAUAGCGUCUCUGUCUCUGUCUCUGCUGUCAACACACUGCCAAAUCCUGUGAAACAGUUAUCUGAAUCUAGUGCGAAGGAAGCAGAACCUCUCACAGAGGAGGAUGCUAUUGUAGAUAUAAUGGGACGACAUGAUCAAUUCGUAUCUUCAAUGCAGUCUCGUCUAGCCAAACUACAGAUGAUCCAUAGAUGCUGGGAUAGGAAUGAUAUUAAAGCAGCAAUUAGAGCAAUGGAGAGAAUGGCUGAUCAUUCUGUGACUGCAGAUAUAGUGAGUCUUUUGACAGAAAAAAUGGACACCAUCACAUUGGAUAUUUGUUCUUGUCUACUACCUCUCCUCACAAACCUCCUUGAAAGCGACAUGGAUAAGCAUCAAGGAUUAUCACUAGAAUUGCUGCUAAAGCUGGUGAGGACAUUUGGUUCACUCAUAUAUUCAUCUUUACAAGCAUCAGCCUCUGUUGGUGUUGAUAUAGAAGCAGAACAAAGGCUGGAGCGUUGCAACCUCUGUUACGUGGAGCUUGAAAAGGUCAAGCGUUGCUUGCCGCCUCUAACUAGAAGGGGGGGAUCGAUUGCCAAGUCAGCACACGAGUUGAAUCUUGCACUACAAGAAGUGUCAUGAGUUUGGGUGAAACUAGAGUUUUUUGUUUUUUGUUUUUUUUUUUACUCGGUUGCUUUUUAGGAUAGGGAGUUUGAAGAAUUCUUUCUUGGCCCAUAUGCACUUGUGCAGAAGAUGGGAGGGAGAUUUAUGUAAAUUUGAUUCUAUGCACUUGUGCAGAAGAAGAGCAUUAUUAUUAACCACCUGCCACAUGCAAAGUUGCAUACCAACCAAUCAAAGGGAACAACUCACUAAUCAACAUGUAUCCAUCCAUAUUCCAUACCCAAACCCAAACCCAAACCCAACCCAACUUAGUAAAUAUUUUCGAGUUCAUGUGUCUUUUUGGAGUGAGAGUUAAUCCAUUGGUUUAUUUAUGUUAUACCAGUUGGUCAAUUACUUGAAAUGUAUUUGAAUUGUGUAACUUGAUUGUAGUAGGCAUGAAUUUCUUAAGUUGUGAA